CGAAUAGGGAGGUGGUAGGCGGUAUCAUAACCAUGCAACGAACGGUUGAUCAAUGAAAGAAAAAAAAAAUCGCUUCAUCACGUGCAGUUUCCCAUCCUGCGGCUCCUUGUCUCCGCCUUUUCAGUUCUUGAACUUUGUCCACUGCUUUUUUGUUCAGCAUUUCAGUAUUUUUUUGCCAUGGCCGAUUCGACCAAUGAAUUGGAUACUGCUGCAGAAAAGGCAGAAAAACUGGUGAAGCGCAUGUCAGCCGGCGCCACAUUGUCUGACCAAGCAUCCGAAAAAUCAGUGACCAAAGACGACAAAGUAUUAAAAAUCGCUACAUUCUCCUUGCAGAAAUAUUUAAAGGAACCGGAUUUCGCGACGGAAUUCUUGGAGCGAGGUGGAUUGGAAUCAUUAUGCGAAAUUAUCAAAAAGUCAUCAGGAAACACGCUGGCUUAUGCUUUGAAUUCCUUCACUUCGCUUAUGGAGCACAACACGGGCUGGGAAUCACUCAACGACGACUUUGUAGCGGAUAUCGCUCACAUCGUUGUCUCGGAAACCUUGGUCACCAUUUGUCGACCGGCUACCGCGAUACUGAUCAAGAUUUUAUGCGGAGAAGAAUCGUUGUUUCCUUCCGUUACUUGCCUUGGCUAUCCGACUUUACGUAAAGCCAUGGAUCGUGAACCUGAACUCCUAGCUACCUUGGUGCAACGACUUCAGAGUCCGGAUUAUACACUGUGUCUUAACAGUUUGUCCUUACUCACCGCCAUGUUGAAGCAUGUGACCGAAGAAUAUCAGAGCGAACUUCCGAAUGAGAUUUACGAACUUAAUGCGUAUAAACAUAUCCUCCGAUUGAUGAAUAACCAUCCAUCGGAAGAGCUGAAAGAAAAAGUACUAGAAUUUCAAUCAGCUUUGAUCCAGAACGCCAAUCGCCGCCGAAGUACUCCGAUUUCCCUCCAUAAUUCACGACACGCCAAGAUGCUCAAUGAAAUAUGGGAAGCGGCGAAUGUAGCCAAUAUCGUUAUUCCGGGGCUAAGAAAAUGGAAAAAGAUCGGUUUUUCGUCCGAAGUACCUCAGCGCGAGUUUGGGCGGACUGGUCUUUUUGGUCUCCAACGUAUGCAUGCAUUUGUGAUGAAAAACCGGGAUUCCUUUGCCAAGUUAACUCUGGAACAAAUUCAUCGUCCCGAAAACAAACGUUGUCCGUUUGCUAAAGCCAGUAUUGAAGUCACUGAUGUUUUGUGUAGUCACUGGAACAUCAAUGCAGGAUAUAUUGCUGCGGAAUUUGAGCCGCUAUUUUUUCAGUUUGAUCACGUCCACAACACCACGAUGCAAUGCUUCUAUCGAAUCUUUCAGGACAUGGAAGCUACAUCGACUGAUUUUUCCAAAGUGUCGGCAUUGAUUCGUAGCCAAAUCCGCGCCGUGUUGAAAAGUGAUGGGAUCAAAGACAUCUAUGAGUUUGAUCACGUCAUGAAUGGAACCCCUUAUCAAGUGAUUCGGGAUCGGCGACUCCGCGAACUGGAAUGGGCCGACGACUUACUGGGACGGGAAGCGAUUCGAAAUCUUCGUGCCCGGCUUAACAAACAAUCGUAUGAAUUCAUCAAGAAGCAACGCAUUAGCUGUUUGCUGGAAGGAGCAUGGUUUCCAACACCGAUAUCUUCGCAACGUACAAUUGCAGCUUCCAGUAGCAGUGGAAAUACCACUCCAGCUCAUCCCCACAGUGUCAGCGGUACAGGGGCGGUAUCGACGCUUGGAAUCAUGACGCCUAAUAUUGGGCAAUCGUCCUCGAUCAGCUCAUCCCAUCGACGGUGGCGAUAUUAUAAACUAAGUCCUUCGAAAAAGGCCCUGCAGUAUGGUGACUUCUCAGAGAAAAUUGCGAAUGUGAUCAACAGCUACGAUCAACUGCCCCAUAAGAUCGACCUGAAUACCGUCAGCGAAAUCCGGAACCUUCGAAAACCAUCCAACGCCGCCACCAUGAACCAUCCCAACCUCUCCAUGAACACCUUAAGUCCGGCAUCAGCGGUACAUUUACCAUUGACGGAAAGCCAUGGACUGGCAUUUGCGCUGUAUUCCAAGGACAAUACCCCUUUGGCCGAGUUCCAUUGUUCAUCGACCACGCAACUGUCGGAAUGGAAAGAUGGAUUCAGCAUGCUUCUUGAUAAAGGGAUUACCAGCAAAGACACAGCCGAAUACCUGCAUUCUCUUACAGAAAUUGGAGUCAAAGUGAAAUUACUGCAAAUUGCCGGCGAUCGAGUGGAAAUUCCUCAUGGCACACUGGAUGUGCCACCAGUUCCUUUUGGAUUAGGAACAGGCUUCUUUUACGAUAUAGACUAAGUUCUUUACUUCUACGUUACAGUGCUAUUAUUUUACUCCAACCGUUUAUCACCUAAUCUUCCUCUUUGUCCGUUUCCUGCUUUUUCCGAAUUGCCUUUUUUCAUGAACUACUUUUCUUGUAAUCAACCAUGAUUGAACUUUAACCUAAUUAAAAUCAGAUCCAACGCUUUGACCCCGGAUGCUUACAGUACUUUACCCUUUUU